AUGGCCGACGAGAGCCAACAACGAGCCGUGAACACCGCAUUUGCGCCCCCGCCCCCCUUAUGGAAACACUUUACGCGCGAGAAUAUCGACAAGGUGGAGCAGAUCAAGGCCGAAGCUUCCAAGAAGGAGGAUGGACGGUCAAAUAAGAACAAGCAAUGGUCAGCAGCUGAAUUGCGCGCUCUAGAGCUCCCCUCAGAGCUCCGGUACUUGGUGCCGCCCGAUAUCCCUAAAGGCCAAUAUAGUGUCUUUGGCGAAUUGCAAACCAACCCCCCGCAGCCGGUACCGAACAGAACUCGCAGCCCUCCCCCCCCUCUCAACCACGCAUACUACCUUCUCAAGAUCAGCAAGUCCCUGCUCCUUAAUUUCCUAGAGUUUACCGGUAUCUUGUCGGUUUCGCCGGAACAAUUCGAAUCGAAGGUCGAAGAUCUGCGCAACUUGUUCAUCAAUGCGCACCACCUUCUCAACCUCUACCGUCCCCACCAAGCCCGCGAAUCACUCAUCAUGAUGAUGGAAGAACAGCUCAAUCACAGCCGAGAGGAAAUGAGACAAAUGGAUAAAGUCAAAGAGGAGGUUGAGAGUCUACUAGAGCAGUUGCAAGCGGAGGGCAGUCGCGUGAGUGCGACUGGGUCAGAAGACGAUACUGACCAGGCCAAAGCGCUUAAAGAGAAGGCUGAUGAACACUCUCGGUUGAUCUGGGAUCUACUGGACAAAGAGAAUUGA